UCUUAUUUACUUAUUUACCCAACAGACGUCCAGCAGCCCCCCCACAUUAAAGAGGAAGAGGAGGAUCCACAGCCCCCCCACAUGAAAGAGGAAGAGGAGGGAGGGUGUCCUGUAGGGCAGGAGGAGGAUGAUGUCAGCAAGUUUCCACUGACUGUUGUCUCUGUGAAGACUGAAGAGCAUGAAGACAAAGCACCUGAGUCCUCACAGCUUCAUCACAGUCCAAAUGUCUGUAAAGAACAACUUCUGCCUGAAAAACAGGAGAGUAGCUUCAGGAUGUUGGAGGAUCCACCAAAGAGGAAGACCAGGCACCACGGACCCUCUGGUGUAUUCUUUUCCUCUUUGACACAGACCCUUCCCUGUAAAAAAGAAGAGGAAGACUCACUGACCCCCCACAUUAAAGAGGAAGAGGAGGAACACAGCAUCAGUCAGGAGGGAGAUCAUAUUGAAGGACUGGUGGAGUUCCCAGUGACUGGUGUGCCUGUGAAGAGUGAAGAUGAUGAGGUCAAAGGUGAGAGUGAGGAGAAGAGAGAGGCGGAGCCUCCAAGCAGCAGCUCAACACAACACAUGACAACAGAAGGUGAUGGAGACCACUGUGGAGGAUCACAAGCAGACAAGAUGUUAGCUCCACUAUCAGAUAGUGAGGACACAACGUCACACUCUCCUGACACUGAUGAUGAACACUCUAAAGAUGAUAAGACAUGUCACACUGACAACACUCACUUCAAAUGUUCUCACUGUCACAAAACUUUUAAAUACCAUAGUUCUCUGAAAACAAACACAAGAAGACACACUGGUGAAAAAACUUUUAUCUGUUCAAUCUGUAGUAAAGGUUUUGUAGAAAGUCACAAAUUGAAAGUACACAGGAAAACACACACUGGUGAAAAACCUUUUUCUUGUUCAAUCUGUGGUAAAGGUUAUACACAGAGUCAAAAUUUGAAAAAACACAUGAGAACACACACUGGUGAAACACCUUUUUCUUGUUCAAUCUGUGGUAAAGGUUUUACACAAAGUCAAUAUUUGAAAAUACACAUGAGAGCACACACUGGUGAAAAACCUUUUUCUUGUUCAAUCUGUGGUAAAGGUUAUACACAGAGUCAAUAUUUGAAAAAACACAUGAGAACACACACUGGUGAAACACCUUUUUCUUGUUCAAUCUGUGGUAAAGGUUUUACACUAAGUCAAGUUUUGAAAGUACACAUGAGAACACACACUGGUGAAAAACCCUUUUCCUGUUCAACCUGUGGUAAAGGUUUUACACAAAGUCAUAAUGUGAAAGUACACAUGAGAACACACACUGGUGAAAAACCUUUUUCCUGUUCAACCUGUGGUAAAGGUUUUACAGGAAGUCAAGAUUUGAAAGUACACAUGAGAACACACACUGGUGAAAAACCUUUUUCCUGUUCAAUCUGUGGUAAAGGUUAUACACAGAGUCAAAAUUUGAAAAAACACAUGAGAACACACACUGGUGAAACACCUUUUUCUUGUUCAAUCUGUGGUAAAGGUUUUACACAAAGUCAAUAUUUGAAAAUACACAUGAGAGCACACACUGGUGAAAAACCUUUUUCUUGUUCAAUCUGUGGUAAAGGUUAUACACAGAGUCAAUAUUUGAAAAAACACAUGAGAACACACACUGGUGAAACACCUUUUUCUUGUUCAAUCUGUGGUAAAGGUUUUACACUAAGUCAAGAUUUGAAAGUACACAUGAGAACACACACUGGUGAAACACCUUUUUCCUGUUCAACCUGUGGUAAAGGUUUUACACAAAGUCAAGUUUUGAAAGUACACAUGAGAACACACACUGGUGAAAAACCCUUUUCCUGUUCAACCUGUGGUAAAGGUUUUACACAAAGUCAUAAUGUGAAAGUACACAUGAGAACACACACUGGUGAAAAACCUUUUUCCUGUUCAACCUGUGGUAAAGGUUUUAUACGAAGUCAAGAUUUGAAAGUACACAUGAGAACACACACUGGUGAAAAACCUUUUUCCUGUUCAAUCUGUGGUAAAGGUUUUACAGGAAGUCAAUAUUUGAAAGUACACAUGAGAGCACACGCUGGUAAAAAACCUUUUUCCUGUUCAACCUGUGGUAAAGGUUUUACACAAAGUCAUAAUGUGAAAGUACACAUGAAAACACACACUGGUGAAAAACCUUUUACUUGUUCAAUCUGUGGUGAAAGUUUUACACAAAGUCAACAUUUGAAAGUACACAUGAGAGCACACACUGGUGAAAAACCUUUUUCCUGUUCAAUCUGUGGUAAAGGUUUUACACAAAGUCAAGAUUUGAAAGUACACAUGAGAACACACACUGGUGAAAAACCCUUUUCCUGUUCAAACUGUGGUAAAGGUUUUACACGAAGUCACUAUUUGAAAGUACACAUGAGAAGACACACUGGAGAAAAACCUUUUUCCUGUUCAAUCUGUGGUAAAGGUUUUACACUUAGGCAAUCUUUGAAAACACACAUGAGAACACACGCUGGUAAAAAAACUUUUUCCUGUUCAACCUGUGGUAAAGGUUUUACACAAAGUAACAAUUUGAAAGUACACAUGAGAACACACACUGGUGAAAACCCCUUUUCCUGUUCAACCUGUGCUAAAGGUUUUAAACUAAGUCAAGAUUUGAAAGUACACAUGAGAACACACUGGUGAAAACCCUUUUUCCUGUUCAACCUGUGGUAAAGGUUUUACACAGAGUAACAAUUUGAAAGUACACAUGAGAACACACACUGGUGAAAACCCCUUUUCCUGUUCAACCUGUGGUAAAGGUUUUACACAAAGUCAACAUUUGAAAGUACACAUGA